AUGUCCACGGCGGCGACGCAAAACCCCGCGUCGCAUAGCAUCGCAACGCGGGCCGGCAGCUGGAGAGCAUUACAGCGACAUUCCAGCGUCGCGUUCUUGUCAACCAGCGCCGCCGCAUCCGAGCCCUCGGCAUCAGCCUCCUCAGAACAACAACAAGCCUCAGCCUCAGCCUCAUCAUCAUCGUCACCAACACCGUUGACGCACUACGACAUCUUCCCCGAGACGCUGCCCCUCGGCCCUCCUCCCUCGGGCCACUUCCCCAUCGACACGCGCGCCCUCCGCCGCGAGUUCCUGCGCCUCCAGGCCCGCCACCACCCGGACAUGCACCCCCCCGGCCCCCUCAAGACCCGCGCGGAAGCCACCUCGGCGCUCAUCAACGACGCCUACAAGACGCUCGCGAACCCGCUCCUGCGCGCGCAGUACCUGCUGUCCCUGCGGGGGGUCGACGUUGCCACCGACGAGACCAUGCAGGUGGACGACCCGAGCCUGCUGGCCGUUGUGCUGGAGGCGCACGAGGACAUCUCGGACGCGGACAAGGAGGAGGAUCUCGCUGAGCUGAGGGCCGUGAACGAUGCGCGGAUUGGGGAGAGCGAGGGGGUCUUGGAGGAGGCGUUUCGGGAGGACGAUGUGCCCGCGGCGAAGAGGGAGGCUGUGAAGUUGAGGUAUUGGGUGAACAUUAAGCAGAGCUUGGAUAAUUGGGAAGAAGGGCGGCCGGUGGUGCUGCAGCAUUGA